AUGUGCUCCUCCCUUUGGCUGGAGUCAAACUUUUAUGCUGGAAACAUUGGAUUUGGAUUAUCAAUCACUUUCAACUUGAUAGUACUGGUUUUGAUCAGUGAAAUGCCGAAGAGGAUUUUUGGGAACUAUAAGUACCUGAUGUUUGCAUUUUCAACAGUCGGUAUUUUCUUCUCGUGCUGUGACUUUUUCAUCAAACCGAACAUGCACAUCACCAAGACUUCUUUCAUCAUAUUCACAGACUUGAAACGCUCUGGAUAUUCAUAUUCUACCGCGCAAAUUGCUCUAGCAAUACUAUGUUCAUCGUAUGGAUUGGUGCUGACAAUGCUGGCAAUUCAUUUCUUUUAUCGUUAUCUAUCUGUGAAAUCUCCAUCUAACUUGUCAAUAUUUUCUCUGAAAGCUGCUCCUAUUUGGGUUAUAUCUCUCAGUGUCAACUUUGUGAUUUGGUUCUUUUGCUUUUUUAAUUUAAACUCCCCGUCUCCAAUGAAAGAUGAAGAGCUGAUUCCUGAGUUUUGGGAGGCUUACUGUCUUAAAUCAAAUGAGUAUACCUACACUGGACCUCACUACUAUUACACAGACAAUUCAACUGGAGAAUGGAAAUUUCAUAUUCCGUCGUUUGUGGCUGAAGGCUAUACAGCUGGAAAUAUAGCUAUUGCAAUCAUUCUAUUGAGCAUAUUUGGCGUUAAAACUUACAACCAUCUUUAUAAACUUGGUGGAAUGUCUAGUCUGAACUCGCGUGAAAUUCAGAGCCAAUUGUUCAAAACUUUGGUGGUCCAAACUAUAUUCCCAAGUAUAUUUUUAUUUUUCCCAGUGUCAUGCUUAGUUUUGUUCCCAGUUUUCGGAAUCAGAAUUGGAGAAAAUGCUAAUCUGAUCAUGAUUUCAUUUUCUAUAUAUCCAUGCUUCGAACCUCUUGUCGCCAUUUGUUGCAUUAAAACUUUCCGGCGGCGACUGCUUGGAAUCGUCCCGUGCUACAAAAAGAAUAGAGUUACUCGCGUUUCCAGCCAAUUUUAUAAUCAAACAACAACAACCUAG